CACACACACACAUGGGCGUUUCUACUUUCUAGCAAUUACAUACACGCGCCUCUUAUUUGUCCCUUUUUCGUUUCCACUUUCAUUCAAUCAUAUACUGCAUUACUCUUUGUUCUGAUUAUGAUUUUGGUUUCUGCUUCCACUCCUCCCUCAGCUUCUGUGUAUAUAUGUCAUGAAAUCUGAAGAAUCAACGAACAAGCGAACUUCUCAGCCAUUUCAUUUUGCUCGCCCCUUUUCUAGCAAAAUUUUGGAACAUACGCAUGAGAAACUUCCGAGUUUGAUAUAUUUGUUAUAUAUAAUAUAUUUAAUUUCUUUUUGAGCUGGGAAGUUAGGGCAAACUUUACAAUCUAAAUCUUUGCGAGGUUUGAACAAAGUUAACAGGAAUGAGCUCGGAACCAAAUUUUUUUUGAACUUCUUUUGGAGAGAAAUUUAUGCUCUUUAGUUUUUUAUUUUAACUCUUGGAAUUAUUUAAAGAUGAAUCUCCACCUCCCGAUCUCCAUCUGCUUUUUCCAACAAUAGGCAGCAAAUGCCUAGCCAGUCCUUGGAGAAUAUGUUGGCUUGUCCAAAGGCACAGAAUCAAGAGAGAAAGCCAAGACCUCAGCCAGAACAGGCCCUGAAGUGUCCAAGAUGCGACUCUACCAACACCAAAUUCUGUUACUACAACAAUUACAGUCUCUCCCAGCCAAGAUAUUUCUGCAAGUCUUGCAGGAGAUAUUGGACAAAAGGAGGAACUCUGAGGAAUGUUCCAGUGGGCGGAGGCUGCAGGAAGAACAAAAGGUCCUCGUCAUCUUCGUCGUCGUCAUCAAAAAGAGCUCAGGAUCAAUCAGUCACACCCAAUUCCAACCCACUCAUCACCCCCCUCCCUCCAUUAUCAUAUGACCCCAAUGAACUCACUCUUGCAAUGGCUAGACUCCAAAAACAAUCUUGCGGGCAAUUGGGCUUUGGUGACCAUGAUUUUUCCGUUAUGGGAAAUUCCCUUGGAAACCUGUCUUCCACAAACAUUGGAUUUCUGGAUGCACUUCGUAGUGGAUUCCUUGAAACACAGGGUAAUAGUCUCCAGGAUCUGUACUACGGAUAUGGAAAUGGGGACUCGGGAGAGGUGGAUAAUGGCAAUAAUAGUAAUGCUUGUGGGAUUGCUGGGGUUAGUGGAGAGAUUAUGCUUCCAUUUGAUCAAGAAGUGAGUAAUGCCACUACUCAAGCAGUCACUGUCACUACCAUGAAGCAGGAAAUGUGCAAUGGCAGAGAACAAGGUGACACCAAGGUUUUGUGGGGUCUUCCAUGGCAGCUUAAUGGAGACACGAAUAUGGGUGAAAUUGAUUCAGGAAGAGCAAAUUGGAACAGUCUCACUUCGUCUUGGCACGGGCUUCUUAAUAGUCCCCUAAUGUAAAAACUCCAAGAGAGAACAAUCACAGGGCCGUGAUGAUUUCCCCUCAUGUUUGACUAGAAUCUAUCGCUCUUGAACUUUUUUUUUUCUUUGGCCAAACUCUUAGACUUUCAAUAUUCCUCGGGUUUUGAAUCAAAUCAUCAUGUCUUCUUGGUUGCGUCCUUUUUUUUAAAAAAAAAUUUCCCACUUAAGAACAUUUCAGAUUUGUUUGGUUUUUUUAAUGAUAGUCAAGGAAGUUGGAGAGAAGUAGAUGAAGAAUCAUUAUUCGGCUAUUUGACAAAAAGAAGCGGGAGAGAGAAAAGAAUGAGAGUGAUGUUUCAUGGUUGAUUGCAGUCUGAGCCUGGACUCUCUGAUCGGUUGGAAUCGGUAUUUUUAGCUCCUCUGCGUUUUGAAGGUAGCAGUGUUUUCGAGAUAUUCUGCCAUGAUUGCGUCUUUGUAUGAUCAGGCAGAAUCUGACUGAGAACAUGCAGCACCAUCAUCAAAUUACUAAACUGCAUAAUAUAGUUAACUGCGGAUAUAAUUAAUUACAAAAUGAA